UGAUAACAAAAGCAUGGCCAAUGGCCGUGUUCAAAAUUUUCGUGUUUACUGUCACACCGCUAAGUUGCAAUGCGACCUAGAAACUAUAUUUUUUAUCGAUUAAACAAUUCUAGAUAAUUGUGUGUUAAAUGUAAGGGUAUCUUAUAGUUACGGGACGACUGUUUAGAAAAUGUUUAAGAACACAUUUCAGUCCGGUUUCCUGUCCAUUCUUUACAGUAUAGGCAGUAAGCCGCUACAGAUUUGGGACAAAAAGGUACGAAAUGGGCACAUAAAAAGGAUUACAGACAACGAUAUUCAAAGCCUGGUGCUUGAGAUUGUUGGAACAAAUGUCAGCACAACGUACAUUACUUGCCCCGCCGACCCGAAGAAAACACUCGGUAUCAAGCUACCUUUCCUGGUUAUGAUCAUAAAGAAUCUGAAGAAAUACUUCACUUUUGAAGUUCAGGUAUUGGAUGACAAAAAUGUUCGAAGGAGGUUUAGAGCCAGUAACUAUCAAUCAACUACAAGGGUUAAACCCUUUAUCUGCACAAUGCCAAUGAGACUAGAUGAGGGUUGGAACCAAAUUCAAUUUAAUUUGGCUGAUUUCACUCGUAGGGCUUAUGGCACCAACUAUGUUGAGACGUUGAGGGUCCAAAUUCAUGCUAACUGCCGAAUAAGAAGAGUUUACUUCUCCGACCGAUUGUAUUCUGAGGAUGAAUUGCCAGCAGAAUUCAAACUUUUCCUUCCAAUACAGAACAAGGCUAAAACAGCAGUAGCUACAUAAAAAUCCUCUGUAAUGCAAUGGGUUUUUAAUUUAGUGAAUUGUAAUAAUAAGCCUAUUUUUUUCAUAUUUUAUAAUGUAUGGUUUCUUACCACCCUUACAUACUUUUGUACAUUUUAUUUAUUACUGUACAAUUUUAAUAAAUUAAUAAAAGCACUUACGUUAUGAA